UUAUUAUUAUUGAACUUAAAAAAUAUAUAUUCUACAAAAAUCACGGCAGCCUAUUUGAAUCAAUAUUAGAUCCGAUUCUCAUGAUCUAUCUCAUCUAUUUUACCCGAUCUGAGAUGCAUAUGAGACAAGUAUAGAAAUAUAUUUUUAAUUAUAAAAUGGUUACAGAUGUGAGAUCAAUCACUUCACCAACCCAAACUCCACUUCAUCGUAUUUAUAAUUCUUUCCUCUGUGUUUCACGGUUUCACCUCAACGGGGGGAAUCUUCAUGGCUCUCCUGGAAUGGCCAUCCGCGGUCUUGAUUCUAGCAUCUACAGCACUAGUAGUUCUCAUGUUGGUUAGAACUCAUCUACCAAAGAAACGGCAGACCAAUCUUCCGCCCGGUCCUCCGCCGCUCCCCAUCGUCGGCAACCUCCACCAGCUCGGCCGCAUGCCCCACCUCUCCCUCCAACGCCUGGCUCAUAGGUACGGCCCCAUCUUCCACCUCACCCUCGGCCACAUCCCCACCGUCAUCGUCUCCUCCGCGAGAACCGCCAAAGAAGUCCUCCGCACCCACGACCUUCCCCUCUCGAGCCGACCCCAGCUCCACGCCGCGAAGCAGCUCUUCUACGGCUGCACCGACAUCGUCUUCUCCCCCUACGGCAACUAUUGGCGCCAGAUCCGCAAGAUCUGCACCCUCGAACUCCUGAGCGCCAGGCGCGUGGAGUCGUACCGCCCCGCGAGAGCCGCGGAAGUCGACCAGCUCGUGAGGCGGAUCGCCGCCGCCUCGUCGGGCCCGGGAGGCGCCGUGAGCUUGAGCAGGCUUCUGGGGUUGUACGCGAACGGCGUGCUGUGCCGGGCGGCGUUCGGGAGGGAGUUUGCGGAGGGCGGGGAGUACGAUCGGCACGGGUUUCAGAAGAUGCUGGAGGAGUACCAGGCUUUGCUUGGGGGGUUCAGCCUGGCGGACUUCUACCCAUCCUUGGAGUGGGUGAAUGCGGUGACGGGGAUGAAGAGGAGGCUGGCGAGGACGUUCAAACGUUUUGAUUGCUUAUUUGAUGAGAUUAUAGAGGAGCAUAGGAAGAGGAGGAAGAGGAGCGAGGAGGACAAGGAUCUGGUGGAUUUGUUGCUUGACAUCCACAAGGAUGGGAGCCUGGAGAUGCCCCUCACCAUGGAUAACGUUAAAGCCAUCAUCUUGGACAUGUUUGCAGCCGGAACGGAUACAACCUUCAUAACACUGGACUGGGGUAUGACAGAGCUGCUAAUGAAUCCAAAAGCCUUGAAGAGAGCCCAAGAUGAAGUCCGAAGCAUCGUUGGUGGGAGAAGAACAGUGUCCGAGGGCGAUCUCCCCCAGUUACAUUACCUAAAGGCGGUGAUAAAGGAGAUAUUCCGAAUGCACCCUCCAGCUCCACUUCUUGUCCCAAGAGAAUCCAUGGAAGAAGUAACCAUAGAUGGAUAUCAAAUUCCGGCCAAGACGCGAAUAUUCGUCAAUGCUUGGGCGAUCGGAAGGGACCCUGAAUCAUGGAAAAAUCCACAAGUCUUCGAGCCAGAGAGAUUUUUGGAUAGCUCCAUUGAUUUCAAAGGGCAGGAUUUCGAGCUUUUACCUUUCGGGGCCGGGAGAAGAGGAUGCCCGGCCAUCACAUUCGGCAUGGCUAGUAUCGAAAUUGCAUUGGCGCAGCUUCUGCACAGCUUUGACUGGGAGCUUCCUCAUGGCGUUAAACCUGAAUAUCUGGAUAUGAAGGAAGCCUUUGGGAUAACCAUGCAUAGGAUAGCUGAACUGGUUGCUGUUGCCAAACCUCAUAGUAUCAUCUGAGAGACCUCUACAUACAAGGCUAUAUAGCUGAUACCAAAGAGAUACCUUUGGUGGUAUAAGUAGGUUGGCAAUGUCAUAACUAAUGCUUUGUGCAUCUAUAUAUAAAUCUCAUCGAAGCUGAUAAACUUGAUAUAUUAACAUCCUCAUCCAUAUUUUAUUUCUCUAA